AUGAAGUCGGGUGGGCAGCCUGCUAUGGCAGACGCACUGCGGCAACAGUUGGCCAAGGCGGGCCGACAGGCCAUGGCGAUCCACCAAGGCCUCGACCUGGGCACACAAGGGCUCGGCACGCACAGGCGCAAGCGCAAGCCCGCGAGCGAGGAGCAGCAGCUGAGCGAAAGCCACGUCUAUGGCCUCAAGAAGAAGAAGAAGAACGAAAGCGAAAGCGAAAGCGAAGAGAACGAAAGAGAAAAGGAGAAAGAACGAAAGCGAAGGCAGAGGCGAGAGGCGAAGGGUAAGGACAAGAUGAGCGAAAGCGAGGAAGAGAGGGAAAGUGAGAUCGAAAGAGAAAAGGAGAAGAAACGAAGGGAAAGGCAGGCCGAGAAGGAAAGGGAGGAGGAGGAGGAAACGGCCAUGAUGUUGGCCCUGGCCGUGCCAGACGUGGAAUCUGACCCCUACCCCGACCCUGUGCCACCCCAGCCAGCGCCAGCCAGAAAAGGAGACAGGCAGGAGCGGGAGCCCGAAGCUGAGCUGGCCGCGAGGAGGAAGCGCAAAGAAGACGAAGCUGCCCAGAAGCGCGCCAUCGAGGAGGAGGAGGAGGAGGAGAAGCAGCAGACGCGAGGCACUCGGGAGGCGGAGCUCGAGAGGAGGCUCAAGGAGGACCACGAAAUGAUCGAUAGGCUCAAGCAGGAGCUCGACCAGGCGCGCGCGGCUGCGGAGGAGGCCCAGCGCGAGCGACGCGAGGCCCAACGAGUCGCAAGGGAGCCCGAGGCGCAGGCGGUGGCGCAAGAAGCGGCGGUGGGCGACGUGGGUCGCGUCGAUGGCGGAGCGGCGAUGCCGAUGGAGUGGGACACAGAAGGCUUGACGGAGAGCGAUCUGUCAAGCAUCACCGACUUGGUGAAUCAGCCCGAGCUCAUCUCCGAUUUCCUCGCCAUGGCCGACACUCCUUCGAUCCCGCACACCACCACUCUGCCACCCUCCUUACCGUCAUCAUCAUCUUCGUCGUCAUCAUCACUCCACGCAUCGCCCAUCCCCGGCGCCGCCAAUCCGCCGCUCAGGGUCUGGCCCGCACCGCCAAUGGCCUGGGGUCCUCCCGGCCACCGCAGCGUUGGCCACACCCAUUCGCCCACGUCGCCGCUAACCGCCGCCGCCAGCCCCACUUUUCCUCCCAGCUCGACCCGACUCCCACAGCCCUGCCCCAAAUGCCACCACCACCAGCGGCAGCAGGACCCCACCACGUCGGACUUGGCGACGGAGAGAGGCGUGGACGUGCUCCUUCCGCUCCCCGCGCCGCCGCCCCACAGUGACCAGAUCCAGUGGCGCUCCGUGCGGUUCGCGCUGGCUGACGACCAGGAGACUGUGGCGAGCCUCAGGAGCCGCGCGCUGGCCCGUUGGCACCUCUGGCACGCGGAAGCCGUGGGGGCCCGCAGCUCGAACGAGGAGGAGGCCGAGGCGGCCCGGGCGGCGGCGAAGGCGGCGGCGGACGGCGAGCAGGAGGACUGGGUGAUCACCAGUAGUGUUGUCGCGAUACAGGACACCGAGACCAGUGUGUGGGCCAUUCUCCUAUGUAUUGGUCUGACCAGCAAUUUGUGGCUUCAAAGGAAAUAA